CAAAACAUAACCUCUAUUUUUUUCCAAUGAAACGUCACAAUUUGUCAAUAGAAAAGCUUUAAACCUUCUAAUAAAUUUGCAAAAUGGAUUUGCAAGACGAUGACUCUUGGAAAAAGUCAUUUUCAGAAGAGAAUUUUAGUGUAGACCAUUGUCUUUCUCGAUACACAGUUAAGUCUGACUUAGAAUCACUACGGAGAGAGCUGAAAAGCUAUGGCAACGACUUACAGAUGCAAAUGUCUGAGAUUUUAAAACUUGAAACUGAAGGCAUAGUAAAUUUGGCUGAGUAUCUCACAAAUUUAUCUUCAAGAAUAGAAGAGCUGUCAGUUCCAAUUCACCAAUUGAGAGAGGAAAUAAGGAACCUUUAUGAACUAAUAAAAAAUGCACAAAUGGCAUAUAGAACCUCUUUGAACAACAUGAAAAAUAAUAACACGAAACAGCAUCAUAUAACACUCACCUUGGGAAUUAUUUCCUCUUCAUUUUAUAUUGAAAACAUGAUUAAUUCAUCACAAAAAGAUUCAUUUGAAGAUUUAAUUUUACUGGAAAGGAUAGUUAAUAAGUACUCGUUUCAAAGAAAUUACUUAGAUGAACUAGAAAUAAUUGAUCCUGAAACUGAAGUUAUUUUAAAUAAGGUUGAAAAUCAGCUUAUAACCAUGAUUAAUAAUAAAUUUCUAUCAUCUUUCAAACAAAAUGACAUUGAGACCAUAACCAAAUGUUUGAGGAUGUAUGAUAAUUUGGGUAAACAAAAUGAAGCACAAAAGAGCUUUCAAGUCCACAUUGUUAAACCUGCACUGCAACCAUUGUUCACAGAAAGUCACUUGGUACAGUGUGAUCAUGAUAUUAAUGUAAUAUAUCAAGAGGCUUUACAUUUUAUGGAUAAUACCAUGGGUGUAUUAUUUGAAAUAUUACAAAGAAAUCCUGAGUUGGACUCUUACAAUUUUGCUUUGCAUAGCUUUUGGACAGAAUUUGAUAAACAAUCCCGAGAGGGUUUGCCUUACAUAACUGCUCCAGGCAAUCCAGAAUUGUUUCAGAAAAGGUUUACACACACAUGGAAUCUUUUAAAGAAAAUUGCAGUUAAAUGUGGUAACAUUAAUUUAAUCAGAGAAAAUGAGUCAUUCCAAGAUCACAUAAAGAGAUUCAAUUUGCCAGUUUAUUUUGAAAUUAGGUUUCAACAAAUUGCUGGUAAAUUUGAAAAUGAUUUGCUGGCAAAUCUGAGCAAUGACAUGUAUGCAUCACCAAAUGAGCUUAAUUGUUCUUUGAAAUUGACACAAUGUUUUGUUGCUGCUCUAAAACAAUGUUUCCAGGCUGAUGUAUUUAUGGAUCACUUGGCAGAUCAAUUUUUAAAGGUUUCUAUGCUACUAUUGUCCAGAUAUUUAAUGUGGUUUAAUACAAAGUUAAAGGACAAACUAUUUGAAAACAAAGAACAACUAGAAAUAUUUGUCAUAAAAUCUUUAAUUGAUCUAAAUAUUGUUAAGGGUAUGAUAGGUCCAGAAACCAGUGAUUUAAAUUCAAUAGACAAAACAGUAUACGCAAUAAUUCCACAGGAUGUAAAACCCGUAAUAUUAAAAGUUUUUAAAAGUAACAGAGAUUUUAUAAAUAAGACGAUAAGUGAAUUAGGGCGAUAUUUAACUAAAUUUAAAUUAGAUGAUUGUUUAGCACAAUUACAAAAUGUUGGCUCAAUUCCUAGAUUAUACAGGAGGACAAACAGAGUCGCUCCAAAAGAUCCCAGUACAUACAUAAUUGAAGCUGUCAAGCCCAUUAUAGGAUUCCAUUCAAAAUUUGAAAAAACUAUUAAGGCUGAAUUGGAUAAUCUAUUAGAUGAUAUCAUAUAUGAUGCCACAAAUCGGUAUUUAUUAUUGGUUCAAGAAGUAUUAAUGUCUGUAUGUAAAACUGAGGAGUCCUUAAGAAGACUGAAAAGUAGGAACGUCAACGCCAGUGAUGAUACCUCUUCACAAUUAGAUACUAUGUCUGAUGAAAUGAAAAUUCGGUUGCAAAUUAAGCUGGACGUCGGAUACUUCUUUGAUAAGUUAUAUAACAUGGGAGGACCAAAAGCAAAAGAGGCAGUGGAUAAUCUGAGGCUAGAAAUAAACAAAUAAAACCACCAAACGAUUUAUAAAUUUAUAACUUUAUUACAACAAUAAUUCUUCAUGUAUAAAUUGUUAUUAAUUUCAUUAAAUAAACUUAUGUACUGUUUCAACAA